UAGGAGGAAAAUGUACCGCGGAAUAUUGUUGUUGUAUGUUUGCUCUGUAGUUGGUUAUAGCGAAAAUGUGACAGGGAGCGCGCCAGGGCCCGUGACCUGUGCGCCUUCGGGCACUUUCCGAGGGUCCUGGAUGAGCUCCAGGCGCGGCAGACAGUUCCAGGCGUAUCGCGGGAUCAGGUACGCGGAGCCGCCUGUGGGAGAGCUGAGAUUCCAGCCUCCAAAGCCAGUGCUACAAUAUGAGGGUACAGUGGACGCGAGUGCCGACGGCCCGGCGUGCCCACAGCCCACCAGGGAGGGGUACCCGGUCAGCGAAGACUGCCUCAACAUCAACGUCUACACUCCCUCCAACAAUAGUUCCGCCUCCCUCCCGGUGAUAUUCUUCAUUCAUCCUGGCGGGUUCUACUCUAUGUCGGGGCGCAGCGACCUGGCCGGCCCCCACUACCUUCUGGACAAGGAUGUGGUGCUCGUCACUAUUAACUACAGGAUUGGUUCUUUAGGUUUCCUCGCGAUGGGAACGGAGUAUGCUCCAGGUAACAACGGGUAUAAGGACCAAGUGGUGGCGCUGCGGUGGGUCCAGAGGAACAUCGUAGCGUUCGGAGGCGAUCCCAACCUCGUCACCAUUGCCGGCUGCAGCGCUGGUUCCUUGAGCGUCUUGCUGCAUAUGAUAUCGCCCAUGUCUAAAGGUCUAUUCCACCGAGGGAUUUCACUGAGUGGUUCUCCUUUGGCCAAAGUGCCAAGUCCUCCAGACAGGAUGGACUUGGCCAUCAAGCAGGCCAAGGUGUCCAACUGCCCCACCGACGACAAACAACAGCUUUACAACUGCCUAAAGACCAAGACUUGGAAAGAACUCGCUGGCUCUUUAUUAGGAUUUUUUGACUUUGGCUAUGACCCUCUGAGUCUGUGGCGGCCCGUCGUAGAGCCAGACUUCGGCCAGGAGCGGUUUCUGCCGCUCGAACCCAUGGAGGCCAUCAGGCAGGGGAAGAUGCACGCGGUUCCUUAUAUCAUCAGCAUGACUAAGGAUGAGUUCUUUUGGAAGGCGUUCACUAUACUCCGCAACAACACGCUACUACAGACCAUGGACAAGGAAUGGGACCGGAUUGCUCCCAUCUCAUUCAUCCUGCCCAAAGACAAUUCCACAACGAAGGCACAAAGGCUAAGAACAGCAUAUCUUAAUGACAAGAAACUGUCGAACGAUUCAUUCACCGCUGACGGACUUGGCAAGCUUUACGGAGAUGCUAUUACUGCCUUUCCGGUGCAUAGGAUGGCCAAUAUGAUGUGUCGCCACUCACCGCAGCCGGUGUACUACAGCGAGUUCAGGUACCGAGGCAACAACAGCCACUACUUAGACCCUAACACCAAGAGUCCUGUCGCGGUGGCCCACCACGACGAUCUCAUUUACGUAUUCUCAUUGAGUUAUCGGUUCCCGACUAUAGAGGUAUCAGACAGCGAAGACUCCAAGAUGGUGGACAAAAUGACCGCGAUGUGGUACAAUUUCGCCAAGACUGGGAUUCCGAACCCCAGCGCAGAGUCUCAAGAACCAAAAGAUAGCGGUUCGUUCACAUGGCCCGUCAUGACUCCAAGCAAAAGAGCCUACUUGCGCAUAGACAAGCAAUUCUCAGUCCAUGAGAAUUUGUUUGAAGACAGGUUCAAAGUCUGGGAAGAAUUGUAUCCCAUACCAUAUUAAUAGAAUAUAGAAAUGCUUG